AGAAGCUUAUUCCAUCCAACGUCUAUUUCCAUUUUACUGCAAGGGGUGGCUCGUCAAUCGUUGGUGGCGCACCCAUUUGACAGGUGACGCGCAGCCGCGAACCACGAUGCGCUCAAUCGAGCAUGUAGUACAUAUCGAAGGACGAUCCGCAUCGCACACGGCAAGAGUUGUUGCGCGUGGCCAACAGCCGCAUGAGCCAGCUUCUUCGUCAUCCUCUCCCUUGCCGACGAUACGCAUACAACAAGCGACUGUUUCCCAGGCACAGCGAUUCACGAUCGCGUCUGACACAGUGAUGAUAACCAGUCCUACGAUGUCAGCGACAAUAACCGAGACCGCCGUGCCUGCGCAGAAAAAAGAUGGCCUCUCGACCGCAUCGAUAGCUGGACUCGCCAUGAUUCCGGUAGUGGUCUUGCUCAUUGUCGUAGCCGCAUCCACGUAUUUCUGGCUACGCAAGCGACGCAGACAGGACCCUGAGAUUCGCUGUGCGGGACCAACACGCCCAGCCAUACCAGAAAAGGACUUCCGCUUGCCAAACAGCUCGUUCGACUCGACAGCCAGCGGUGGAAAGUUGCGCAGUAUGACUGCAAUGAGCACACCGGUUACAAAUAACGGAUGGGUUGCGUCGCCGCGGCCUCGGGCUCGGCCCUCGUAUGAUUCCACUGUCCAUCGCAACCCUUGGCACGACCAACUCCCUAAGAUCUCUGCCGAUAUUACGACGGCCAGUCUUCAGGCCCCAAGGAGGGACGCGGAUGAAGGGAACGAUAGUCCGAUCGACCGCAGCAGCCCGUUCAGAUUGAAGAGAGGCGAUACGAGGAAGAAGAGCAGUCUGGACGCGGACGUUAUGAGCGCGUGGCCUGCGCCGCCGCAGCCAGUUGCACAGCGAGCACCGUUGCAGACUUCCCGUGUUGGGAAGACCUAUAUGGAGCGAAGAUCCAUCAGCGCGGAGUAUUUUGCGCAGGAAAAAGACCAUCAUAGCGCGCGAGGAGCGCAAGAUCACUGGGAGAACAUCAGGCUCGAGUUGGCUCCCGAUCCAGGACCGGUAGUCAGAUCGCAUUGAGAGAUGUUCCGCGACUGUGCACCAAGAUAGAUGAUAGAUUUACACGGGAGCUUGGGGCAUUGUGAAGGUAUGAUCAGCGCGGCGUUGGCACAUUUCGGUAUACCACUGGGAGGCUGGUUAUUAAAUGGAUAGACUCUUCCACUUCUUGUAUUCGUCUGUAGAUAUGUUAACGAAUGAAUGUACACUAAUGACUGGUCCGACACACCCUCUGAAGACGCUUGUGGUAUGCUCUCGUUUCGUCUUGGCCGUUGAGGCCAAGAUGUUCGUUCUGUCGUCCUGACAAGAUCGUCAUUGGACGUGGGUCACCCGAGAACGAUUGCAAUGCGCGAAAGGCACAAGAC